AUGAGGCAAGCCGGAAUAUAUUCAGGAAUGUUCUCUGGAGGAAGAACUGGGCCUCACUUGUUGCCCUUGGCAAGGAUAAAGAAGAUCAUGAAGAAAUCUGGGGACAACGUCAACAUGAUAUCUGGAGAGGCCCCAAUUGUUUUUUCCAAGGCUUGUGAGCUGUUCAUAGAGGAUUUGACACGAAGGUCUUGGAUGGUGACCAUGAAAGGGAAGAGAAGGACGCUUCACAAAGACGACGUGGUCUCAGCUUUUAUGGCCACAGAUAUCUUUGACUUUCUUGUCAGUUUGGUGUCCGAUUCUACAAACCCUUUGGACUUGACCACGGUGAAAAGGGAAACAUUUCAGCCUUAG